CCUAAUCCAUAGCAACUACGCACUACGCAACCACCUCUUGCUGUGACUUGUAAGUUAGCAACCCCAACUAAACUCGCGGCGCUGGCAUCCUUUGGCCAACACGCGGCUUGAGCUGUUGUGUCGUUAGUCUAGCCUGCAAGUGUCAUUCACAACUUAGAAGUGUUCGCGCCCCAAAUCGUCAUCAUUCGAUUGUGCUCGUUAUAAGGGUGGGACCAUGGCGCUCACCGUGGAACCGCUAAGCCCAAACCUGCUGCACACCGACCUGCUAACUAUCAAGCACACGUCGGACCCAGCGCUAUUGUUUCCAUCUCAUGCCUAUGGACGCGGCGGAGUGGGCCACUUCCUAUGCACAGGCCACUCCCGCGCGGGCAUCCACCGCCUGCCACAGGCCGCCUCCAAGGCCGCCAGCCUCAGCCUGACCGCCCGCGGCCGCGCCUCCUCCAGCCGCGCCUCCGACUACGCCGAUGGCAUGGAUCCAGCCGCCACCGGCAACGGAUCCAGCAUCAGCGGCUUCUCCCUCAUCAGCUCGGACCCCGCGGCCAUCGGUGCCACGCGCGCCUGGGAGGCGGGCACCGUGGCGCACGCCUCCAACUUUGUGUCGGCCUGCCGAAGCGUGCGCCCCACGGACGUGCCGCGCGGAAGCAAGUGGGCGGCGGUCAGCUUCUUUGAGAACGACCCCAAGGAGGUGUCGCGGCACAUGCAGGUGCUGGACUUCAUCCAGGCCAAGCAUGACAUGGCCAAAGCCGCGGAGCGGCAGACGGAGCAGGCGCGCCACAACAUUUGGGCGGAGCAGCAGCGCGAGACCUUCCGCCGCCAGCGCCUGGAGCAGGCGUCCAGGUACACGCGCAGCGGCAUCCGCCCGCGCUCAGCCUACGCCGAGCUGGGCGCCGUGGCCGCGGCCGAGCAGGCGCACAACGGCUACGGGUCCGGCUCCGUGCUGGGCGACUCGCAGGAUGGCAGCCGCUUCGGCGGCGGCGGCGGCGGCGGCCGCCUGGGCGGCAUUGCGCCGCCAUCAGGCGACCCGGCUUCGCGCUACUACGGCGCGCUUGGGCGGGACGGCACCUUUGGCUCCAGGAUCUCGGGAACGGGCUCGGCGCAAGGCGGCGGCGGCAGUGGCUCCAUGUCGUACUACCCCGGCGGCAAGCCCCGGCCAUCCACGGCGCUGCCUGCAGGCUCAGUGUACACCGGCCGUGGCGGGCCGCUGACGGCGGCGCAGGCGGCGACGGCGAACCCUUUCAAUGCGACGCUGAGCGCGACGGCGGCGACAGCCGCAGCCGGCGGCGGAGGCCCCAUCCCGCUCCCAAAGAAGACGUACAUCCACGUGUACGACCGCAUGGCGGCGGAGGCGGCGGAGACGCCAGCGGCGCGCGCGGCAGCGCAGGCGGCGGCGCAGGCGGCGGCGGAGGACGAGCGGCGGCAGGCGGUGCUGGAUGGGGAACUGGCGGAGCUCGACAGCUUCGAGGCGCGCAUGCGGUCGCUGCAGAGGGCGCGCAGCCGGGCGGCGCACAGCGAGCGGCGGCGAGGGAGCAACGCGUUCGCUGAGGAUUCGGAUGCGUAAGCCGGUGGCUGAGCACAGGCAGAGCGUAUGUGUGCAUGUGUGGAUUCUUUUUUGGGGUUGCGUUGAGCAUGCGUGGGUCAGGGGAUGCAUGCGGCGCGGCGGAUGAGGAAUGCGAAAGGACCGAGGCGCCGGGGUGAAGUAGUAUGAGGGCAUGAGGAAGCUGGGAUGGAGCGGGUGCCCGGCGUGUUGUCUGUGGAUUUUCAUACAUAGGAGUUUGUUGGUGGUGAUGGGUUGCAGGCAGGGAGGGGCUCUUGGUGCAUACAAAUGUGCGUGAGGCGGCUGCAACAUGGCGAGCAGCGGGUCAUGCGUGUGGUUCCAUAACUUUGGCAGAGAUGCCGCCUGAAACAGAUCCGGUGAGCGCGGUCCCGGGUGGUGGCGCUAUCUGUUAUUUGUGAUAAUGCGAGUACCCCGAUGCUCAGGGCAUUUUGUCCCGUGUGCCCCGUGUGUGGUGGGUGGCGGGAUGAGUAGCAGGCAGAGCUGGGCAGGUAGGAGGUACGGUGUUCAUGCGCCCGUACGCUGACGUGGGUAGCUUUUAGGCGUAGCACUGCAGGCGACUGCAAAAGAGCGGCAUCGGGCAUCCAGGGGCACAGGGGCAUCAUUCAUCGGCAGGAAAGCGGCAUCAGCCCCCGUGUUUGGGGGGUAAGGGUUGCUGCACUUAAGCGCACACACUACAUGCGCUGGAACGUAAAGGCACUGGUAAGGUUUCCGGGCAUUGUUUGUAACACUGUUAAUGUCAUCUUCGUA